AUGGCAACUUGUCUUACUGCCCCCAAACGGCCGUUUCUAGCCCUGCCGUCAUUUGUUCCGUCUUCGUGUCCGUCGAUCACUUUGCAAACACGCCGGCAUCAAUCCUCGUAUAGGCGGACGAAACAACGCCUACGUGUCAAACCAGAUGCGUCGUUUGGUGUUUCGUCCACCCAAUUUCAUGAUCAAAUCAUUCACAACCCGCCUUCGAGCGCCCCCUCGGUAUACCAUACACCCACGAAAUUCCUCCCUCUCGAUGAUGUUCGGAGAACCCUUCGUGGCGCUUCCAUGAACAAUGGAAAUUCUGCUCAACUACCCUCUGUUUUCAAAACAUCCGUGGAGAAGAGAUAUCAUUUGAAUCCUUCAGACAUAGAGGAGAUCCGCAGACUGCGAUUAAGCGACCCGAUGACUUGGAGCCGUUGGAAACUGGCUAAGCGCUUUGACUGCUCUCCAAUGUUCAUUGCUAUGGUAUGUGAAGCUGGCCCACAAAAGAAAGAAAUACAGAAACAAGUCUUGGAAGCGGUACAAUCAAGAUGGGGUACAAAACGUCGGAUGGCCAGAGAAGACCGACAAUUGCGAAAAGAAUCCUGGGGAAGAGAUGAAUGA